ACAUCCGGGUCAGCGUGCUGAUGGUCAUUGCAGGUAAUCUUCAUCGCGUGUUCAAGCUAUAAGCUCGAAAGUUAACGAGAAAGAUGCGCGAUGCAUUCACUGGGCCGGCCUGUGGCAACUUUACUUUGUAAUUGCUUGGUUGUCGCAUUGUCUACCUUUGUGGUGCAAAUGGGGCGACAUCAAUGGCAUUGCUUUGAUUCUAGGCGGGCAAUCGGAGCAUUAGAAAGAGCAUCUACAAUGUAUCAUCUUCGGAUAUUGAGAAAUUGCUUUGUGGUUGUGGUUGUGGAUACCAUGAUGUUCCAAAAGUCCAACGACGACCAGACAGCGCCGCUUAAGCACUCCAAGUCGAUGCCACACGGAUUCUCUUCACAAGGGAGGAUGCGCGAGCCUCGUGCCGAUCCUUUCAAACCCGUGUACCGUGGUAAGAACCCCCUUAAAAAGUCCGACAUCGUCUACGUCGAGCAAGCUCCGGGGAUGCUCGAGAUCUACCACGGCAAACUGUCGCAACACACCUAUUACCAUGGUCCGACUCGCGCGAACUCUGACGCACGCGAGGGUUUGCUGGCCAAGUUUCCCCAUUCCCCUGAACCAACCCAGGGCCUGCCUCGCAGCGGUUUCAGAGCGGUUUCUUUAAACUCACAAAGUAUCAGGCUCCAAUUGCCUGUUUGUGGUUCGAAUUCAAGUGGACAACAAGCCUACCCUCCCAUGUCCCGCAGAAUGCAGAGACAUGAGGCCACUGUUCAUCAAGCUUCGGCGGGUGUACUACAGAUCCCUGACGACCAUACUCGCAGUGCCGGAUUGGCAGAACGUAUUCGCGCCAAGUCGAGCGCUGGUCGUUCGAACAUCCCUCCUCCCCACGCUCCUGCCCCUCUUCCUAACCCCCGAUCCAUUCAUCCGGUACUCACCCGCUUCGCACAAAGCUCACGCGUAAACAUUCGAGAAGUUCCGUCCCAUAUCGCCGUCCCGACUCCGGCGCCAGCCAAUCCCCAGUCUCGCUGGCCUGACUCCAAAUACAAUCACAUUUUGUACGAGCAGGACCCGAAUGUACUCCGUGACAGGAUCAAUGGUUAUCCCUUGACGCCUGUUUGCAGCGAACACUGCCCAGAACACAUGCGUUCCAUAAAAUUUGACAUGUACGCGCCGCGGCGUCCCAACGAGACACUUCAACAAGCCAUACAUACCGCAUUGGCUCAAGGCCGUGCCCUCGAUGUACGCGCAGGAGGCCGUUACCACCGUAUAUUUGACGCGCAUGACCCAAUGGGCAUCGUUCCGGAGACUGGAACUGAUUGGGCACAGCAGGGUGGUCAUCGGUAAUUUUAUGGAGACUGACGUCUGUUUGUGAAGAGAGUUUUGGUGCUGGUUUACUUACUCGUGUAUGUCGUGUGUUAUGUAUAUGCAUAUGUAUAUGAUUUAUGAUUUAUGAAACGAAAUCUAUUCGCC